AUGAACAAGGAUCACCCAGUUUUGAUUGAUAAUCGAUAUUUACUUGCUACUCUACAUUAUCAAGGACGUCAUUCCAACUUUUACAAUGCUGUGGAUUCAUAACAGGAAUAAAAAUAGAUUCUUAUAUAAAUAAUAACUGAUUAACUAUGUAUAUGCAAACUAUUUAAACGUCUGGAAUAGAGUAAUAUUGUUAUACUAAUAAGAAUAGUGAUUGAUAACAGAGAUAAAUCUAAUGAUCAUUAUAACAGAAUGUCCAGAUACAUCCCAAUUCCAAGGAUCUAUAAGAUGGGAACUUUAGUAGUUUAGGACAUCACUUACCACUACAUUGCGUGGUAGAAGAGUGGACCUUCCUUAAAAUUGUGCUUUAAAUUGAUGAAAUAUAAAUUUUCUCUGAAAACUAUCAUGUUGGUAGCACUUAAAAUGAUUACCAAUUUAUAGUAAAUUCAUAAUUUGAACAUUUUGCAUAGAAGUCUCAAAUUAUCCUGUAUAAUGACCACGAACCAUUCAAAUCUACUAAUCACUAACUUCGAUGACUAUGUGGAGUUUCUUAAUAAAGAGGGUAAAAUCACAAACAAAUCAAAAUAAAUCCAUAUAAAAACAAAUAAAUUCAGCAGUAUCGGAUAACAUCUGCAAUAAAUACCAUCUCCAAGAGACGAUUUGGAAUCUCUUGGCUAUCUCUUGUUGUAUCUUCUAAGUUAAGGGAAACUACCUAACAAAUGUCAAUCAAAGGAUUAAAAUAUAAGAGAUAAAUUUUAUAUGGAAUUCAAAAGACAAUUUCUACCUGAAAAAGAGUUGAAAUAAUACCCUGAACCAUUUUUGUAAUUCUUUUAAACUGUAUUCAAAUUGGGAUUCAAAGAAAUUCCCAAUUAUGAAAUACUUAAAUAACCCUUCAUUCAAUAUCUAGGAAGAUAAGAACAAGAUUAAAAUUUUGAUUGGUCUGAAGUAUUCAAGCCUCUUGCUGAGUAGACAGCAACUUCAGAACUGUCACUCAGAGACAAAACUGGGUCUUUUGAGUCCUUGAUGAUGAACAAUAAUAAGAAGGAACCUUGCAAAGUCAAUACUUCUGCUCCCACCAGUCCAACUACUUAACAAAUGAUAAAUAAGCCAGCUAAGGCUUCAAGGUUUACUCUAGCACCUAUUUUGGAAAAGAAUGAAUCUCAAUUGACAAGCAUAAAAAAUUGUGAUUCCAAUGCAGGAUCUCCUAGAUUUAAUCAUAAUAUAAAAAAUCUAAAAUUUGAUCAUUUUCAAGAGGAUUCAUCUUCAGGAGAAAUUAGUCCAAGCGACGAACCUGCUGUUGAUUAUAUGCCAAAUUUUGAAUACCACCAACAUGAUACUAUGUGA